AUGAGCAUGAGCUCCAGCGUGCGAGUUCUCAACGUCACCCAUGUCCUCCCGGAUCAAAAUCGGGCUGCGCUCUACUCGCCGUCGCCGCAGCUGCCCCUCCCCGACGACGACGGCAUCAUGAAGCUGACGUUCAUGGACUCCCAGUUCGUCGGUAUGGUCAUGCCGAUGCGGCGACUGUUCUUGUACGAGGGCCCCGGCGUCCCGCCCUUCCCGUACCUCGUCGGCUCCCUGCGGUCCUCCCUCGCCACCGUGCUCGCCAUCUUCUUCCCUCUUGCAGGGAAGCUCACCUACAGCCCAUCAGCCGGUGACGUCGUCGUGGACUGCUCGCCGGCCGCGGUGUCGCCUGGCGUCAAGUUCGUGGAGGCCGAGUACGCCGGCAGCAUCGACGACAUGCGCAGCGUGGCCAGUGGCGGCGGCGACGAGGGAGACAGGGACGCGCUGAUGGAGCUCGGGCCCGAGCUCGACGCGAGGCAGCUGCCGGCCCCGGUGAUAGCGGUGCAGGUGACGAGGCCGGCCGUCGGCAGCGGGCGCGCCGUGGUGGUCGCGGUGGCCAUCCACCACGCCGUGGCUGACGGCCACUCCGUGUGGCAGUUCAUGAGGGCGUGGACAGCCGUGGCGCGGGCGGAGGAGGGCUCGGAGGCCAUGGCGCGCCUCGUGCCGCCGACGUUUGACCGGACGGUGAUUCGGUACCCCGAAGCAGACAAACUCGCCUCCAAGAUCUUGCGCGCGAUUGCGCCGGCGCUGCCUGUGGUCAGAUCGCCUUCCUCGUGCUCGCCGCCGGACCGGUCGAGGAGAAGCUUUCUGAUCCACGCCGACGAGAUCCAGUCGGUGAAGCAGCACAUACGGACACAAACAGAGACCGCCGUUGCGGAGCAGCUGGACACACCUCCAAGCACCUACGUCGCGGUGUCGUCCCUGGUGUGGACGUCCAUCGUGCGAGCCAAGUCCCGAGCCCCGCACCUCGCCGUCGCCGGCGACGCCUACUGCUACUUUUUCGUGGCCGUGGACUACCGCCGGCGCCGCCUCGGCCCUCUUCAGGUCAACGAGCGGUACUUCGGCAACUGCGUCGUGCCGUGCGUGGCCACAGCCGCCGCGCGCGACCUGUGCGGCGACGCCGGGCUCGGGCUCGCGCGGGCGGCCACUGCCAUCCGUGACGCCAUCCGCGCACAGCCGGAGGACCCGGUGCGCGCCAUGGAGAGCUGGCUGGACUCCACGCUCGCGCUCCCGAAGGAGAGGUUCACGUUCGCGGGGUCGUCCAACAGGUUCAUGGCGUACGAGACGGACUUCGGGUGGGGCGCGCCGAGCCGAGUGGAGCUCGUGUCGCUGUUCGCCACGGAGCUGGUGCUGCUGCUGGGCGCGGAGGACGGCGGCGUGCAGGUCACCGUGACGCUCGAUCCAGAGCAUAUGGAGGGCUUCGCGGCCAACCUCCUGCGGCUGCGGCCUGCGGGUAGCAGGGCGAGGGAACGAGGCAUAGUUGGGGGUCCUUGA